CGGAAAGGAAGAAAGCACCAUUGUCGCGACUAUGGUGGUUCUGGUUAUGUAGCUGGUUCGAAAGCGAUGUGCCUGAAGGAGCGUUACGAAACGAAUGGGAUUGGCCUUUUCCCGGCCCGUCUUGGAUGCAUCGUCUUGUACAUCGAAUCAGCGAUAAGCUACAGUAGCGGAAUAGCAAGCAGCAGGACUUAG